AUGAAGCUGUACCUCCUUUUGGCGCUCGUCGGCACCGCACUUGCGGCGAGAAAGUUCGAAAAGGAAUGCCGCUCGGCGAAGGACCCCGGGUUCUGCCAAGCUCGGAUUUCCAUGUGGUGGUUCAACGCUGAGAGCGGAAAGUGCGAGGAGUUCUACUACGGUGGCUGCGGAGGCAACGACAACAAGUACGAGACCAAGGAACUGUGCAUGGAGAACUGUGGGACCGAAAAGCUCAUUCUGCGACCACACCCACGACCUGUGCCCUACGGUGGAAUGACCAAGGACUACCUCCCCGGAUCUGGGCCAUCCGCAGGAUCCGUUUGCCACAGGCUACCAUAUACGGGUCCUUGUAAGGGUGGCUUCACUCGCUUCUACUACGAUGCUGCGACGAACACCUGCCGCCCGUUUGUGUACGGCGGAUGCAUGAGCAACGGCAAUAAUUUUGAGUUUCACGACGAUUGUUUAUCUGCCUGCGGAACACCAGGACCCUUGAAGCCCGAACCACGCAUGGCGUAA